AUGAGGUCAUCUGCAGUUGCCAGUAUUCUGCUUUCGAGCCUUACGUUCCUCGAAGCAGCCAACAUCCGAAGAGUAGCUAAGGGCGUUGCAACCGUCGACCUUUCCAAGACUUCCGGCCAGGCAAAAUUCCUUGCUUCUGGGUGGAUCUACGGAUUUCCCGACAACGGGACAGAGGCAGACACUUCGAUUCCCGCGAAUUACAUUACGGACGUCAAAUUCGGUUCCAGCCGAGCUGGCGGUGCUCAAACUUCGUCCCGUGGCUGGGUCGAUGGUUACGACAGCUACCUUCCGCGAUUCGAGUCUACCCUUUCCAACUACCGUACCACUCGGAAAUACAACGGCGAGUUUAUAGUCCUCGUCCAUGACCUAUGGGGAGCAGAUGGCAGUAGCAUCCCUCUCUUCCCUGGCGACAAUGGCAACUGGACUGAAACCGACGCUUUCUUGACCCAGCUCGUCAAAGACAUCAAGGCUAACAACAUGCUCGACGGCCUUAUUCUCGACCUCUGGAAUGAGCCUGAUAUUGAUAUAUUUUGGGGCCGUACUUGGUCCCAAUACCUUGAAUACUACGUCCACGCCCACAACUUCUUCAGGCAACUAACCAACUCUCCCCGACUCAGAAAAAACCUUGCUUCAACUACGCUCAGCGGCCCUUCCAUGGCCAGUUCCCCUCGCACCAACUCGGAAAACUGGCAAACCUGGCUGAGCACCAUAGCCAGCAAAAACGCCACCCCAGACAUCUACUCCUGGCACCAAAUCGGCACCGGGAGCCGCCAACCCGACGCCACAAUCCCCGACUUCGCCACGCUCCGCUCCUCGCAAAACCUGCCUGAACGCCCCAUCGACAUCAACGAGUACGCAGCAAAAGAAGAGCAAACCCCGGGCUGCUCCGUGUACUAUAUUGCCCAGCUCGAGCGGCACAACCUGCGUGGCCUGCGCGCAAACUGGGGCUCUGGAACGGGCCUUCACGAUUCGCUCGCCAAUCUCGUCUUCAACACGAGCAGCGCUGUGUAUCGUCCGAAUGGGGAGUGGCAGCUGUACAAGUACUACGCCGGGAUGACGGGAGAGAGACUUGCAACCACGGCGGCGGCUGAUAGUCAGUUUGAUGUGUUCGCGACUAGAUCUGCCGACGGGCUUGUCAAGGUUAUCGCGGGGACGCGCAUUGUGGAGGGUCAGUACGAUAUUCAGAUUAGUGGAUUGGAGGGAGCGUCGGUUAGUGUUGCUACAUAUCGGUUUGACUGGGCGGGGCCUGGGGGCGAGAUUGAGGCACCCGUGGCGUUGGGUACGAGUACAGUGAACAUUAGUAGCGGGGUGAUUACUAUCUCGGUUGAUCCGGCGACUAAUGCGACCGCGUAUGCGUAUGAGAUUUCUGGUGCGACGUAG